UUUCAUAAUUAUUAAUCCUAUGGUGACGACAAACGUAUAUACUAAACAACUGUACAUAUUGUGGCGGAGACGCGAGAGGAAAUCAAUUUCAGCAUUUAUGUGUACUACAAUCUCAUUACCUUCAUUGUACGAUCAAGGCCAUCAAACAGCUAGCGUUAGAAAGCCUCUUUUAUAAAUAGGGGACUCUCAACCACACAACCACCGAAUUCAACCACAAAUUUAUAAUUAAGGAUCAGGCCAAAGACUUUGUGCUAGAAACACAAAGAGGAGCAAGCCAUGGAUGGUAUGGAUCAUGGAGCUCAUGAUACGCACGGCAUGGAUGGGAUGGCACCAUCAUCAUCACCGACGAAUACCACCCCCAUGGGGAUGAUGGACGGCCAUCAUGAGAUGGCCAUGAUGCACAUGACCUUCUUCUGGAGCAAAAACGCCUACAUACUCUUCUCCGGGUGGCCCGGCACAAGCACAGGCAUGUAUGCGUUGGCCUUGAUAUUUAUCUUUGUCCUCUGCAUCAUCGUCGAGUGGCUGUCUCGUUACCCACUGAUCAAAACCGGGCCAAAGCAUGUGACGGCCGGUCUGCUGCAGACACUGUUGCAUGGCUUAAAGGUGGGGUUGGGUUUCAUGGUUAUGCUGGCAGUGAUGUCUUUCAACGUUGGUGUGUUUUUGGUUGCUGUUGCUGGGCAUAGUGUGGGGUUCUUAUUGUUUCACAGUAGGGUUUUCAAGGACUCUGAUACUGGAAAGCGCGGUGAUGUUCUUCCCUCAAGCUGUUGAUCCUGAUGAUGGACAUGCAAGAAAAGAUCAAACAAGCUGGGAUUGAGACUGCAUCUCAUGUGCAUCAUGUGUUUUGUCUUCCUUUUUGAGGUAUAAUUAGCGUCUGUUAAUCUCCCUCUGCAGAACCCUAUAAUUAUAUAGGGGAUCUGGAAUUAGGGUUUUGUGUAUUGCUUUUCUCCCACCAAAACAAAAAAACUUGUAUGAAUCUUGUAUGUACUUCUUUUCCUCCGAGAUUUAUUAUGGAUCUAUUGGAGGAAUUAAAGCUUGGAAUUGGAAUUAAAUUUAGAGUAAUA